CCAGAUGGCGGGAGCUGGAACUCUCUGGCUAUGGGACGGGUCACUAGCUUCAGUCGUUUAUUCAUUUUAACCGCUAAACGUCAGUGAAAUGCCUCUUUGAUGUUGUCUUCUUUGCCACGUUAUUGGUCAAACCGGUGUGUGAUGUCUGUCUCUUUUCUAAACACGUUCCAGCCUCCGCCGCCGUAUGAAGCCACCUCUCCCUCCGCUCCAUCUGUGCCUGCACAGACUCCACCCAGCAGGACGACGCCCACGGAGCCUCGCAACUAUGGCUCCUACAACUCUCAGACUGUGGUGAAUGCUACCACGGCAGAACUCCUGAGGAAGCAGGAGGAGCUGGAGAAGAAAGCCCAGGAGCUGGAGAGGAGAGAGCGGAAGCUUGAGUCGCACAGCCUGGGAGCUGGAGCCUCCCGUCAGAACAACUGGCCCCCACUGCCUUCUUUCUGCCCCGUGGGCCCCUGCUUCUACCAGGACAUCGACGUGGAAAUCAGCCAGCGCUUCCAGCGUACCGUCACCAUCAUGUACUACUUCUGGAUGUUCUGCACUUGCACGCUGCUCUUCAACCUGAUCUCCUCCCUGGCCAUGUUCUGCGUGGAUCCCUCCGGUGGUGUUGGCCUGGGCCUCGCCAUCCUCUGGGCCCUGCUCUUCACUCCCUGCUCCUUCGUCUGCUGGUACCGACCCGUGUACAAAGCCUUCAGGAGUGACAGCUCCUUCAACUUCUUCGUCUUCUUCUUCGUUUUCUUCGCCCAAGUGGUCACCUACGUUAUAAUGGCCAUCGGCAUCCCUGGAUGGGGCUUCAGCGGCUGGAUCGUGAGCCUGGCUGCUCUGAGGACCAGCGUCCCUGUCGGUGCGAUCAUGAUGAUAAAUGCCAUCCUCUUUACUGCCCAAACCGCCAUGGGGGUUGUCAUGCUGAAGAAGAUCCACAGCCUGUACAGGCAAACCGAUGCCAGCUUUCAGAAGGCCCAGGCUGAGUUCGCCACCGGAGUCAUGGCCAAUCAGGCCGUACGCCAGGCAGCCGCCACCGCCGCCCAGGGGGCCUUCACCGCACCGCGAUAGAGAGGAGCGACCAGGGCUGGGAGGGUAAGACGUGGGGGAGGUGAAGGGCCUUCACGGGUUGAUAGAGGAUCAGUUCAGUAUUUAUUUCCCCCCACAAGGUGAUUUGAAUUUAAUAAACUUCAGGGCACUGCAUGAGACAGGGUGGGGUUGUCUAGUAACUGAAACGUGUACAGGACCAGUUAGCUACGUUGCCAAAUCAGGAGUCCACUAAGAAAUCGUACAAGUUGAUUCGAGAAACGGAAAGAUGAUGUGAAAAAUAACAAGAUGCUGAAGCUGCAUGAAGUUUGAUGCGGCCGUUCGAAGUGUCAGCGAAUGCAGGGAACAUGCUUUUUUAUAUGAAAAGACAAGAUGUGUGCCAAGUGGGUUCUAGUGCUAGCCUGGAUAUUUACCAUGUCUGUUGUGUUUCUGAGGGGCCACGUUUAGAACAAAGUGCAAAAGUGGGUCUGAACACUAAAAUGUGGCUAUCUUUGUAUUUGAUCCAUGACUGCGAGGCUCAACUCUAUUCAGCACUUCUUUUUUUUUUUGUUGCAUAAGUGUAAACUAACAAGUUGUUUUACAAUUACAAAUGAGAAUGCCUAUUUACUGUGUUGCCAAAAAACCUCUCAUACUGUAAAGAUGAUGAACAUGUGUUGUUUUGGUUCUGGUACCUGUCACUGUUCUGUUAGUGCUGCUUGUGGUUAAUAUGAUUAUUACAAGUCACUGUCUUGGUUUUAAUAAAAAUAUAUUGCCAUGCUUUCACA